AUCAAAAGGUAAAAAAAAAAGCCGUGGCAAACCCGUAAUUAUUCGCAGGAAGCAUCACUUCGCCGCAAGACGGCGGCGACCACCGCUCCUCGGCUGGAGGGAGCCCUCGUCGCCGGCGAAGCCCGCGCGGCCACCUCCCCUGCCGGAGUUGGCCAUGUUCUCCAUCGCGGCCAUCAACGAGAGCGACACCGGCGGGCAGUGGGAGCCGCUCGCGCCUACCAAGGAAGCUCAGGAAUCAGCACUCUCUCAGAAGUACCACGAGGGGCUCCUCAAGUUGCAAGAAAAAAAUUAUGUAAAAGCUCGUGAACUUCUGGAGGAUGUCUUAAAGGACCCACUAAUAUCAAAAAUUCAGGCUGAUAACAUUGUCAGUGAUCAGCAUUUGCUGCAGCUAAGGUUUCUUACAUUGAAAAACCUUGCGUCUGUUUUUCUUCAACAAGGGUCAGCAUUUUAUGAUAAUGCUCUUCGUUGUUACCUACAAGCUGUAGAGCUUGAUGCAAAUGAUUCAGUUGUAUGGAACCAUCUGGGAACACUUUCCUGCUCUAUGGGUUUGUUGAGCACAUCAAGAUGGGCAUUUGAGCAAGGGCUUCUAUGUAGCCCAAAUAAUUGGAACUGCAUGGAGAAACUCUUGGAGGUGCUUAUAGCUAUCUGUGAUGAAGUUGCAUGCCUUUCUGUAGCAAAGUUAAUACUUAGGAGUUGGCCAUCACAUCAUCGGGCUUUACAUGUAAAGAAGACCAUUGAGGAUGCAGAACCAGUACCCUUUGCACCUCGAGGUAUCGACAUACUUGAACCCAAGCAUGCAAAACUCAAAUUUUGUAACAAAAGAAAAUCUGGAGAUGAUGAAACGCAUCAUGAAACAGUGACAAAGAAGAGUAGGCAGAAUGCUAAAUUGCAGUUGACUGAAGCCAAAUGGAUGGCCCUUUUAGAUGGUAUCCUAAGCUUCUUAAGUUCAAACAACACAAAAUCUAAUGAAGAUCACGGUGCCAAUACAGAGAGUCAAUGUGAUACUAAGAGGAGUAUCAAUGGGUUUGCUUAUAACAUGAUGGAUGUCUCCUUAUCUACGGAAACAUUGAAAACUAUGGAAUCUGCAGGUGGGAAUGAACAUGAUUUGUACCAUGAUGGUGAAAGUGUGCUGUCUCAUGACUGCAGAACUGCAGUUAAAGAGAAGGACACCAAUUCAGAUAGAGAACAUCCUCAUGAAAGGAGAAGCACACGUCUUGAGAGGCUGCGAAGUCGUAAAUCUGGUAAAGAUGAACAUGAAUCCAAUGGAAAAGAUAUAUCACAUGCUAUAACUCAAUUUCUAGAUUCAUUUAUCUUGAAGCGCACAAGUAUUCCAGAAAAGAUCGAUUGUUCUGGAAAUGGUGAUGCUUCUACCCCUGAAGCUCUAACAUAUACACCUGAUCGUGAGGCAAGUGAUGUGAAGCAAUUUCUUUCCAAAAUAUCAAAAAAUUGUGGACCUCUUCAUAUUGGCUAUAUGUUACUUGAGGAAAUAGCUCAGACCAACAUACCUUUUCAAGAUUACUUUGUUAAGUUCAUUGAACUAGACAAAAUUACUAGAGGCUGGGCUCAAGAUAGAUCUGCACAAUGCAGCUUAUUUCUUGCUGAAUUAUACUAUGAUCAAGCUCUUUGUUCUGGAAGCCCAUUAGCAUCCUCAGAGUUGUCCAAUUCAUCUUACCAUCUUUGUAAGGUCAUCCAAUCAGUAGCUUUGGAAUUGCCAUUCAGAACCUCUGAUGGAGCAGCAAAGUCCACCAAUUUGGAUUUGAAUAUGGAAAGCCAUAUGGAAGAGGUGUGUUCAAGCGAUAAAACUGAGAAGAAUGCCUCAAAUAUGUCCAGAAACUCUGUAAAUUCUGUCAACUCGGUUUCCAGUAACAUUCUUUGUGAUGAAACAUCUGAAUGUGAUUCUUCUUCAAACACUAAUUGUGUUUUCUGGAUUCGCUUCUUCUGGCUGAGUGGUUGUCUGUCCCUUUCAUCAGACUGCAAAGAAAAAGCUUACAAGGAGUUCAACAUUGCCCUGUCACUUAUGAGAAGUAGCAACGAAGCCAAAAUCAAUAGAGAGUUUGUCCUUCUACCUCACAAUAAGCUUGUAAAAUUGCUUACAGCUGAUAGGAUUCUUCGUGAAAUUAACUUGGUCAAGCUUGAAUCUUUACUUUGGCAUAAUGAUGAAAACAUCAAUAAAAUAACUCAUACAGAGUUCAUGGAAUUGCUUCCUCCACUUUUGCUUUCCACCAAAGAUGUCUAUGUUGGCAGUGCAUAUGGUCCACCAAGAGAAAGUGAGAAAGUUAUUUCACUAGAGUUAGGUGCCUUGGAUGUUUUAAUAUCAGCAUGUGAAAAUGCUAAACCAAUGAACAUCCAGGUAUACCUUGACUCUCAUCGAAGGAAAAUGCAAGUUCUAACUGUGGCAGCUGGCAUGGUUGGAUCGGUUACCACCAAUGAGGGGAAAAAAUCAAGUGAUAUAGAGUUUAUGGAAACAAUGAAUAGGAAUCGACUGGAAAGUGUUGUAGAAGCAGUCAAAGAUGUUUCUCGAAAUGCUAGUAAAGCGAAAGCCUUUGUUGAUCAGUGUGAUAACCCUGAUGGGCAAGACGGUUUCAGUUCACUAGUUUCUAUUGUUGGUGAUUUUCAAUCAUUGCUCCUCACAAUCAUGUGUGCUGCUGUUAAGAUGAUCCUAUCCAGAAAACACUCGUGUACUGGAACCUCCUAUCAGGCUGACCAGUUGGAGAGUUCCUGCCUUGUUGAUGCAGCCAUCGCAUUUUGCAAACUUCAGCAUCUUGAUCCUAUGAUAUCUAUCAAAAUUCAGGUUGACUUGAUUGUGGCAGUGCAUGAUUUGCUUGCUGAAUAUGGGCUCUGCUGUGCUGGGCGUGAUGGUGAAGGGGAGGAAGGGACAUUCCUCAAGUUCACUAUCAAGCAUCUCAUGGCACUAGAUGUGAAACUAAAAUCCCAACUUAAUCCAAAUGGGAUGGAAGAAGAUGCAGCAGAAAAUGACAGAGCAGAAGAUGUUACGACUGAUGAGGCAUCUGUUUGUGACAAUAAACAUAAUUCUGAGGAUGAGGAAGAAUCUGAAUUGGAUGAAAUACAGUCAAGCAUUGACAGUGCCUUGGACCAGGCCUUUUUCUGCUUAUAUGGUUUGAAGAUAAACCCUGAUUCUUGCAGUGAAGAUGAUUUAGCAGUACACAAAAAUACAAGCCGUGGUGAUUAUCAGACAAAAGAACAAUGUGCUGAUGUGUUUCAAUAUGUCCUGCCAUAUGCAAAAGCUCUAUCUAAAACUGGCUUGGUUAAAUUACGAAGAGUGCUGCGAGCUAUACGUAAACACUUUCCACAGCCACCUUAUGACUUAUUGGUCAAUAAUCCUCUUGACAAUUUCUUGGAUGGACCUGAUUCAUGCGAAAAGAUUCUCUCUGAAAUUUACGAAACUAAUGGAUCUAAGGAAGCUGUCCUGAAUGUACUGUUCCCAGGUGAAAAUGGCUACGAAGCAUUCAAGAAACUGUCCAAUGCUAGCUCAGAGCCAUACUCAGAAGUUUAUGGGAACCUGUAUCACUACAUAGCGCAAGUUGAAGAUAUAAGUGCCUCUGACAAGUAUACAGGUUUUGUGUUAAAAAAAGAAGGGGGUGAAUUUGUUCAACAGAGUGCUAACCUUUUCAAGUACGAUCUACUGUAUAACCCAUUGCGGUUCGAAAGCUGGCAGAAGCUUGCUAAUCUGUAUGAUGAGGAGGUUGACUUGUUGCUGAACGAUGGUAGUAAACAUAUUAGCAUUUUGGACUGGCGAACAAAUACAACUUUAAUCCAAAGAGUUGAGAUGGGUCGUAGACAUAGUCGACGCUGCCUAUUGAUGAGUUUAGCAUUGGCUAAAACCGCUUCUGAUAAGGCCCAAAUGCAUGAAAUGUUGGCCCUAGUUUAUUAUGAUAGCCUGCAAAAUGUGGUACCCUUUUAUGAUCAAAGGGCUACUUUGCCAGUGAAGGAUUCAACAUGGGAGACAUUUUGUCGAAAUUCUAUGAAGCACUUUCAGAAGGCGUUUGAACUGAAGGCUGAGUGGCUCUAUGCAUUUUACCUUGGGAAGUUGUGUGAGAAACUGGGGCAUUCCCCUGCUGAAGCAUUUUCAUACUACAACAAAGCUGUUGUGUUGAAUCCAACGGCAGUCGACCCGGUUUACAGGAUGCAUGCAUCACGCAUGAAGUUACUUUAUACCCAAGGAAAGCAGAAUCUGGAUGCUAUACAGGUUGUUGCUGAUUAUACAUACAAACAGUCAACCAAGGAAGAUGUCUUGAGCAUGCUACAGUCCAUAAAUAAUGUCAAGAAUUCACCCUCUGAUCAUAAUGAUAAAUGUGUCCUUGAUAGCACAGCGGAGAAUAAGUUUGUUGACCCUGAUCUACUUGAUAAAGUGUGGCACAUCCUAUAUGAUGAUUGCCUGUGUGCCCUUGGUACUUGUGUGGAAGGUGAGCUGAAGCAUUUCCAUAAGGCGAGAUACAAGCUUGCACAAGGAUUGUAUAGAAGGGGUGAAGCAGGGGACCUAGAGCGAGCUAAAGAAGAGCUUUCAUUUUGUUUCAAAUCUACUCGUUCUUCCUUUACGGUGAACAUGUGGGAAAUUGAUGGUUCUGUUAGAAAAGGAAGGAGGAAAAAUCCAAAUAUUGGUGGAUCCAAAAAGAAUCUGGAGGUCAGCUUGUCAGAAAGUUCACGGAAAUUCAUUACAUGCAUCAGGAAGUACAUGAUACUUUACUUGAACCUUUUGGAGAAAAACAGGGAUUUGUGGACCCUAGAGAGGGCGUACACUUAUCUGCGAACUGAUAAGAGGUUUGCUCUAUGCUUGGGCGAUAUCGUUCCUGUUGGUCUUGGGAAGUACCUUCAAGUUCUAACUUCAGCAAUCCGCAAUCCUGAGAUUCGUAGAGUUUCUGGCGAUGCUUCCGUUGAGAACCUACUUGAGAAAAUGUUUGGUGUGUUCAUGGACCAUGCAAACUUAUGGGCUGAUAUAAGCACUAUUCCAGAGGUCAAUAGUCCCGAGCUAUCAGAAAGCAAUCUUUACAGUUAUAUCCACCAAUACAUCCAUUUGCUUGAGAGUGAUGUCCGACUGGAUGUUCUUGAAGGACUAAAUGAGAAGAUAAGAAAGCGUUUUAAAACACCCAAACUGUCAAACAGCAAUUUCGCCAAGAUAUGCAAGCACGCUUCUCUGGCAUGGUGCCGUUGUAUUCUCAUCAAACUUGCAUCCAUCACUCCACUGCCUGAAUCCAUGGAAACAACUGAUCAGCCUGCUCCACUAUCCAGCGGUCUAGUGCUUUACAUCGACUUGCAACCUGAUGAGCUUCUCAUCUCGUCUCCUGAUGGGCCUGCUCAAUUCAAAGGCCUCGAUAUGAACUGGUUUGAGACUUUUAACAGAAUUAAGAACAUUCCGAUCAGGCAAACAUCCGAAGAUAACAUGGAGACUGCUGUUACUGUCAUGAAGAGCACCUACAACUUCUAUCGGGAGAGCUCUUGCGGAACAUUCCCAUCGGGUAUUAAUCUGUACACAGUCACCCCAUCGCAGCCACCUGUUGAAGGCCUACAGCAAGCCCCAGACGCAAUUGAGAACCUUGACCUCAGUAUUCCAAGGAAGCUCCUUCUAUGGGUUUAUACCUUGGUCCACGGCCGUUACUCCAAUAUAUCAGCCGUUGUAAAGUACUGCGAUGAGAUGAAGUCAAGAAGUAAAAGAGGAGCCCCGACAUCGACAGCGACAGCUUCACAGCAAACCACAGUUUCUCCCCAAGUUGGCUCCAAAGAGAAGAGCACCCACAUUGACCCUAGCGAAGCUCAAGAAGCAGCAGCCCCUACUCCAGCUCCAGCAGCGGCGAUUGCUCCUUCCCAGCAAGAGGCAGGUGUUGCAGUUGCAAGCAGCCCUCAUGAGGCCCAGAAAACCGCCGCCGCGGCGGCGGCUUCUCAACUCACCCGUAGCAGCUCAUCGAGGGCGAUGGAGAGCACUGGUCAGGAUGGCGGUAGAGGAAACGACGGCACGGCUUAGCUUUGCCCCAUGUCUACUGGCUGCUAGUAGGCUAAUUUCUGCAGUGUGUGUGUGUGUGUGUGUGUCCAUGUGAAUAUGUGUGACCUGUGUGGCUGUGUGACUGACCCCCUCCUAAUGUUGAUGUCUCACAACGCUGAUGAUUACCGUCGCAGGAAAAUAUGCUGUACAGUUAUUGAAAACCUGUAACAGACAGUAGUGGCAUGCUUAUUGUCACUCAAUUUACCUACCAAGAUAUAGGUGGAAACAUAGGUCAAGUGCGAAUAGGUUCACAACC